AUGGCACAAGGCGCUAUCAAGAGCUCUUCGCGACCUGCCCCCACGGGCAAGCCCAAGCAGACGACCAAAAAACAAUCCAAGGUCAACAAGCCCCAAAAGGCCAAGGCCAACUCAGCCGCCGACAAGUUGCAGAAGAAGUACUGCGCCGGCCUCAUCACCAAGACGGAAAAGAUGCUGGGUGAGCGUGCCGGUCAUCUCGAAUUGAUCGGCAAAGGCAAGAAGGCCGACAAGAGCGAGAAGGGUCUGAACAAGGGCGGCAGCCGUCGUUACGGCUGA